UGAUCUCUCUAGUAAGUAAACCCUCAUCUUCAUCUUCUUCUCUCUCCACUCACUUUUCCCCAUUAACACGAAUUUUGAGUUUUGGGUUUCGAAUUUUGAGGUUGAUUUUGGAAUCUUUCGCGUUACGGCCUUACGGGUUCAUCUGGGAAUCAUCGCUCUAACUAAUAUAUAAUGCAAAGCUAAGGUUUUUUUGAUGGGGGGAAGACAGUUCUGUCCUGCAUGUCCGACAUGUGAUUUCUCGAUCGUAAUGGAGGAAUUAUGAGUACAAGGGGAUAGAACUAUUAUGGCGAUUGUGACUUAGAUGGAUGACGGCGGUUUUGUAAUGGAAGGUUCUGGUUCUAGAGGAUUCAAUACUUCAUCCGUCUCCGGCGGUGGUAGACGGCGGUUUCGUACAGGAAGGAUUAGGUUAUCGGACGAUUCUUGGUUCUCACAAGGUAAGAAAGAUAGAGAUCAUCAUCAUCAUAAUCAGCAGCAGCAGGAUAAUAGGGAUUUGAUCAUAGCUCACAGAGAUUUCGAUAGAGCAAGGCUGGGUCUCUCCGGAGUUAGCUUGGAUGAGAUAUCAGUGGAUCCAGUCGUCCGAUCAAUAAAAUGGAAUGAUAUCAGCCUUAGACAUUGGCUAGAUAAUCCAGAAAGAACAAUGGAUGCUGUUGAAUCUCUUCACAUCUUCUCUCAAGUGGUUGAGAUUGUUAACUUAGCUCAUAUGCAAGGAGUUGUAGUUCACAAUGUUCGUCCUUCUUGCUUUGUCAUGUCUUCUUUCAACCGCGUCUCUUUUAUCGAAUCCGGUUCCUGUUCUGGUUCUGGUUCAGGUUCAGGUUCAGAAUCUGGGUCGGAUUCAAUGGAUGAUGAUGGGUUAGCUGAAUUGAAGUCAUUUCCAUUUAAGAAUCGCGAUUUGGAGGAGCCACAAUAUCAAAAUGGAGUUUCUCAAGUUGAAACCAAUAUUGGUUCUAGUUUUCCUAUGAAGAAGAUAUUGAUUAUGGAAACCAAUUGGUACAACAGUCCUGAAGAAGCCAAUGGGGAAUCAAGUUCUUGUGCUUCUGAUAUCUAUAGACUUGGUGUUCUCCUCUUUGAGUUAUUCUGCACCUUUAACUCGUCGGAAGAGAAGUUCUCAACCAUGUCUAGUUUAAGGCAUCGUGUUCUUCCACCUCAGUUGCUAUUAAAGUGGCCAAAGGAGGCCUCUUUUUGCCUAUGGUUAUUACACCCUGAUCCUAACAGUAGGCCAAAAAUGGGCGAGUUACUAGAAAGUGAGUUUUUGAACGAACGAGACAAUAUAGAAGAGCGUGAAGCAGUAAUAGAGAUUCGUGAGAAAAUUGAAGAGCAAGAGCUAUCACUCGAGUUUCUAAUGUUGCUACAACAAAGAAAACAAGAAGUAGCAGAUAGUUUAAAGGACACGGUUUCCUUCAUAACUUCUGAUAUAGAAGAAGUCCAGAAGCAGCAAACUAUUCUUUUGAGAAAACGUGGUCAUGAUUCUCAUGAACAACAACAACUACCCGAUAAACAAUCAGAUGAUGAUCGGCCAAUAAAGAGGCACCGGUCAGGAACUCAAAUCUCCGAAGAAAACCAUCAUUUAGAUAACCAAGAAUGUUCACUCUUGGCCGGAAAUUCAAGGCUGAUGAAGAAUUUCAAGAAACUAGAAUCUGCCUAUUUUUUAACAAGGCAAAGGCUUGUUAAGCAGUCAGUUACAAGAAAUUCUCAAAUAAAUAGCGAAGGAAUUAGAGGAUCGGUUGUUGCCAGCGAGAGGAGUUCGGUUAAUGAACUACCUAUAAAGGGUCGGAAACUAAAAUGCAGAGAAAGCGGUUGGAUUAAUUCGUUCCUCGAUGGUUUGUCCAAGUAUCUUUCUUUCAAUGAAGUGAAAGUGAAAGCAGAUUUGAAGCAAGGGGACCUUCUCAACUCUUCUAACUUGGUUUGUUCUCUUAGUUUUGAUCGCGACGGUGAUUUUUUUGCAACGGCUGGAGUUAAUAAGAAGAUCAAAGUAUUUGAAUACAACUCGAUCCUCAAUGCUGAUCGUGAUAUUCACUAUCCGAUUGUCGAAUUGGCUACUAAGUCCAAGUUAAGCAGUAUAUGCUGGAAUAGUUAUAUUAAGAGUCAAAUUGCUUCGAGUAAUUUCGAUGGCGUGGUACAGGUAUGGGACGUCGCGAGAAGUCAAGAGUUUAUGGAAAUGAGAGAACACGAAAGGCGGGUGUGGUCGGUUGACUUCUCAUCAGCUAAUCCAACAAUGUUAGCCAGUGGGAGCGACGAUGGAACCGUUAAACUAUGGAAUAUCAAUCAGGGAGUGAGCGUUGGAACCAUAAAGACGAAGGCCAAUGUCUGUUGUGUUCAGUUUCCUGUUGAUUCUGGACGUUCUAUUGCAUUUGGUUCGGCUGAUCAUAGGAUUUAUUACUAUGAUCUCCGAAACAUUAAAAUUCCCUUAUGUACGUUAGUUGGGCACAACAAAACAGUUAGUUACGUGAAGUUUGUAGACUCUACGACUCUUGUUACCUCGUCAACUGACAACACGAUGAAACUUUGGGAUUUAUCUUCGUGCAAUUCUCGGGUCAUCGACAAACCUCUUCAAUCCUUUACAGGUCACACUAAUGUUAAGAAUUUUGUUGGUCUGUCUGUUUCCGACGGGUAUAUAGCUACGGGUUCGGAAACAAACGAGGUUUUUAUCUAUCACAAGGCGCUUCCAAUGCCCGCAUUGUCAUUCAAAUUCGGAAGCACUGACUCUGUUUCGGGUGGUGACGAACCAGAUGAGGCUGCCCAAUUCAUCUCGUCUGUUUGUUGGCGUGGGAAAUCACCCACUUUAGUUGCUGCAAAUUCAAUGGGUAAUAUCAAGCUUCUCGAAAUGGUAUAAUCCAAUGAUGGAUUCGGUCGAAUUCAGAGUUCGGUUUGCGGAAAUCUGCUUUGUAGUGUGAAUUGUUUCGUCACAAGAUGUUGUGCCAACCAAGCAAGACAUUUUUUUGGCAAAUAGAUUAAUAUAUAUAAUGUGAUUGUAGAUAAAAGAAAUGCUCAAAUUUAUUAACUAUCAUUUUCUUAUGUUUUCUCAUCUAGACUAAAUAUCAACUAUAAAAAUUCUCCCCC